AUGAAGUACUCUCCUGCGGAGCUGUCUUACUUAAAAGAAUCGCUGAAGGCGUCUCCUCCAAUACGACCAGACGCUCGACUCGAAACACAACUCAGGCCCAUUGAGGCGAUAUCUAACAUAUUACCCACGGCAAAUGGAUCAGCCAGAAUUAGAGCCUCUGAUGGUGGCGAGUGCAUUGUAGGAGUGAAGGCUAAGGUUGUGCCCACCUCAUCCACAUCUGAACUGAUUAACGUGGAUGUUGAAAUAUCCGGUUUAAAAGAAAACAAUUCUCUUGCAUCAACACUGUCUUCUAUUUUUCAAUCGACUUUAAACUCAUCACAGUCAUUGCGACAACGCUUAAAGUUGACGUCCCGAUUUUCUUUCAAACUUUUUAUUGACGUGCUAGUGCUAUCAAAUCAGUCUCAUCCAUUGGGCCUGGUAUCUUUAACAAUUUACUUAGCACUAUUAUCAACAAAGCUCCCAUUGCUUACAUCCUCAACAGAUGACUCAAAGGCUGAAGAAGUGCCCGUAUUUCAUGAUGACUGGGACCAAGCACGUCCUUUAUGUGAUAUACCCGUUACACAGUCAGAUUCAAGCAAAAAAUCUGAUUCGCAUUGGACACCACCCUUGAUUCUGCUUAUGGCAGUAGUAGGAGAAAAUAUUUUUAUUGACCCUACAAAUGCUGAGGAGCAGGUGGCUUCUACAGGACUCUUUAUUAGUUGGUCAAAUGGUUCUAUCUCUGCACCUCUCCGUACUUUGGAUAUCGGGUCAACAGAUCCUCAGGGAAUUUCUUCCACUGUGUUGUCAAAAGCAUAUUCCAUUGUGGAACAAUGUGGCCAGGAAAUCUCAGACUCUCUGACUGCAGUCUACGUGCAGGAUGAGGAUGCCUCUAGUUCUGAUUUCUAA